AUGGAGGCUCUUCAGAUGGCUCAGGUCCUUGCAGAUCUCUCGAGUCUCCAGAACACAGUUCGUCGACCCCCCUUAUCUUCCACCUCCUCUUACUCUUCCGUCGGGCCUACUUCUCGGGCUUCCUCUCCUCCUCCCACUUCCGCUCCUCAAAAUACACCCUCUACGAACCAACCUCACUCCUCAUCUUCUCAGGAUCCUGCCGCUGCCUCGGCUUUGGUAGGCGCCAACAAGCAGGCGCCUGAGACGCAUCAACGACGUAGAUCUAAGGGCUGGCUUCCAGAACCAGCUCAGUUCGAUAAACUCGGACGUCGCAGACUCACAACAAAGUCGCCAAGUUACAACAAUGGCACAAGGAGCCCGAUUCCAAUUGGUUUGCCGAGAAUGGGAUCUAGCUUCUCCUCUCUUCCAAGCAGUGGUGCGGCGACACCUACCUCCAACAAUGAGCCUCAAGACGAAGAUAUGAACCGUGCUAAGAAGCUUCUUGAGCUCUACGAAAUGCGCGGAAAGUUCAAACAGAUGGGCGACACCGGACUCGCACGAGCGAAGGAGAGAGUCGAUAAAGCCACCGCCGAAUCGGCACAAAAGGCUCCUUCCACCCCUCGUUCCUAG